UUCGAGCUCGAGCACCUUAAGUAUUCCGUAAAAAUAAAUACAUUUAUGAAAUAGGUACACGCACGGAUCUGUUUGAUAGAACAUAAACAAUUUAAUAUCAAAUAUUAUUUCAUAUCAUAAUAAUUGUGCGGUCGAGGGCGUCAGAUUAUUUUAUUGUGGUGCCAAAAUAUCCGAUUCAUCCGAAGAAACCGAAAUAUUUACCACCCUCAAGUAGUACCAGGGUCGUUAAAACUGUGUUAUCACAUUUAAUACUUAAAAGGUCCGGAAAGUGUUACACUGGUACAAAAUUGGCACCGUCUAUAAUAUCUUAUGGGCGGUCCUGGUUUGCGCAAAAAUACCGAAAAGACAACUUGUUAGCGCACGAAACUACCAUUCGUUUGAGUGCAAUCAUAAGAACUUUGAAUAAAAAUGCCGGAAUACCACGUGAUACCGAACGAAGAAGAAGUGAAGAGAUUAAAGAAAGAGUACGGGUUGACAAAAGAUCAAAUCACUAAAGAUGUAGCCACGGUCAGGAGCUGGAUGCUAACACAACCGCAUUUACCCAAGUUUCCAGAAUCUAAAAAUGAUGAAAUAGAUUUUUGGAUCGAAGGAUUUUUACGGCUGACGAAAAAUAAUCUGGAAAAAACCAAACAAGGGGUGGAAAGUCAUUUUCGCCUGAAAACGUUGUUUCCACAAGUCUAUGAUGUGUGUGAUCUACCAAAUUAUGUGGAAAGUGAAUUGUUUGAAUAUUUGACCAUGGUCAUGAUGCCCAAACACACGCCCGACGGACUUAAAAUAAUGUAUUACAACUUCAACGAUACCAAUUCGCAUUUGUUUCGUCCGAUCGAGAUAUACAAGAGAAUGCGUUUGAUGUUGGAUAUUUAUCAGAAGAAAGGCAUCGAUUUUACCGGUAUACACGUUUUGAUCGACACGAGGCACAUUACGUUGUCACACAUAAGUCAGUUUGACUUGUUCCAGCUGAAGAAUCUCAUUAAACACGCCCAGAAAGCGUAUCCAUUGCGCCUGAAACACACUCAUAUUUUGUUCCCGCCGAGUUUUAUCGACGUAGCCAAAAAUAUCUUAAAACCGUUUGUGUCGAAAAAAAUGUUUGCCAGAUUAUCAUUCCACAAGAACCUCGAAACUCUGUGGGAACACAUACCAAGAGAUGUACUUCCCAUCGAAUACGGAGGAUAUAGUGGCAAUGUGGACAUUAUCAGAGAGGAAUGGAAAACAUUGAUAUUGAAGAACAAUGAUUGGUUUUUGUCCAACGUCAGUUAUAAAUCAGAUGAGUCGAAAAGACUGAAAAAGAAAAAAUCGUUUUCAUACGAUAAACUGUCGUUUAAAACUUUGAUUUUAGACUAAAAAUUUGUGGAGGCAAAUUAUAUGAAAAUGUUAUUAUAAAGUAUUUAUUUUAAAGUUAUAUAAAUUAUAUUUCAACUUUUUUAUACUUGCAUAAAAUGUGUAUUUCUAUAAUAUAUCUUAGGCUAAAAUUUUAAUGUUAAGUGUAAAUUAAGUAUAUUAUAAGUAUUGUUUGUACUAUUAAUAAAUUAGUAUUAUGUAUUUAAAAAAUAAAUAACAAAAAAAGGAUUUAUUA